AUGUCUUCUGCAGAGAGUCACUGGGGUACGCUGAUCAAUCCCGACAAAAGCCCAGCCCCGCUGUUGGAGCACCUGUGUCUGGGGAUCGCGCAGUUGAUGCCUACAUUUGAUACCAACGGGACGACCGAUAUUACACCCGAGCGACUGGCGAGCUUCUAUCGCAAAGUCGGCGGUAACUACGACCCUUUAUUCCUCGAGACCAAGUCGCAGGCCUUGUCUUUUAUAUAUCAGUCGCUAGGAUGCUUUCACAGUCUCCAGCCAUCCUCAAAUCCCUACGAACCACCUUCGGUCCCAUCUUUACUCCCCAACGGCUUUGUGCGGUGGCAGACAAUACAACUGUUGAUGGAUCCGGAUGAACAUUCACAGUAUUUGCAAAACGCUGUUAGUCUGUGGGAUAUUCCAGAUGCAGAUGGUCACAUACUUCCCAAAACGAUUCCUAGGGAUGCGUUCCCCUCUGAACCAGACCCCGAAAUGUUACAGUGGCAUGAAGGUGUGAGUCGGCGACUAGAGCACGAUUACUUGAAAAGACACUCAAAGCGCGCAUCACCCCCAGACUUUGGAACAUAUCACUACCAUUUCAGUGGGAAGGACCCCUUGCCUGAUGAGGAUGAUUAUUUCCGCACUCCACGGCGCAGUGGAUCGAAACGUCACAGCAACAUGGAACCUGAACGACAUGGACAUCGUCAUCACCGACGCCCCAGUGCAGAGCUAUUCAACCCCCGGGUUUCAUCUCCACCCCCAUGGCCUGAGCGCCCGCCCCGCUCAAGGGGUCGAGACCAUGCCGCUUUCCAGAGCCACCCACUUAGCCCCGGGUCUGGCGAGAUGCCGGAUGUUUCAGAUUUAUCGUCUGAUGAGUCCCGCCGCAAGGCUGAGGAGCGUGCAUCAAAACACCGCCACCGCGAGCGACGUAAUCUAUCACCCCCUUCCAGCAAUAGUGCCAGGCGACACUCCCACGAGGCCUACACGCGCAGACCGAUGCGGGAUCUCUCCCCGGUACCUCGGGAACAGCGCCGUAGUCACGAAAGUCACUCCUCAAGAUCCAGCCGGUCUAGCCGAUCCCAUCCUGAAUCAUCAACUAGAAUGCACACCAAAGACCGCUCCCGUUCAACAGCAGGUGCAGGUGUGAAAUUCCGCGAAUUCAUAUUUGGUGAUUCAGUCCCAGCACCAGCCGCCCCAGACCCACCAAUUUACAGAGCGCCUACACCACCCCCACCCCGAGGAUUCCCGCGGCAUUUAGAUCCUUACGCCGCAGAGGAAAUGAGGCGAGGAAGCUACAGCGGGGGUAGCACAGGCGGCAGCCGACCCGGCAGUGGAGGAAGCGGUUCUGAAAGACCACGAUCGUACAGCAGUGCGGGUUUCCACCGUGCCUCAGGCUGGGGUAGCCCAAGGAGCGCUGCUGCGAAGCGGUACACUCCCGAGACUGUGCACGAAGACCCAGGAUAUAUCCCUUCGCGCAGAGUGCCGAUCUACGAAUGA